ACCAAAUCACGGAUCUGCACACACCCACAAACUAAUGUCUCCACCUGUUGUUUACUUACAAACUCAAAAUCUAAAUCCCCAAAUUAAAAAAACCCUAAUUUCAAAACCCUCAUCGAUUACACUCUCAUAUCAAUCCUUCACAGAUCUGUAAAACAAGCGAUCAAUUUCAUCACCGGCAAUGGCGGAUUGGGGACCGGUGCUGGUAGCAGUUGUGCUGUUCGUGCUGCUAACGCCGGGGCUGCUGUUUCAGUUGCCGGGACACAACCGUGUGGUGGAGUUCGGCAGCAUGCGCACUAGCGGCGCUGCCGUGAUUGUUCACGCCGUUAUCUAUUUCGCCGUUAUUACCAUUUUCCUUAUCGCCAUUGGUGUUCAUGUUUACGCCGGUUAAUUAUUGUUAUGUUUACUUUUACAGUUGUACCCCUUGUGUUUUCUGUUGAUUUAUGUUUUACUCCCCUUGUGUUAUGUAUUGUUGUAUUGGAUGGAUGUUAUUAUUAUGUUGUCAUUAUUAUUUUCUAUGUGGUUGUUUAUUGUGUUUGGAUGAAA